UUGGGACUUGCCGUUUGUUGCCAGGAGCGACAUCGACGCUUGGUGCGCUAAUCCGUCCAACACUUAGCUAGUGCACCUAGAGUGUAGCUUUUCUCCACGAUAUUUUUAACGUGCAGACAUGGCUUCUGCUUUAGAUACUCUAUGGGAGGACAGAGACGUUAGAUUUGACAUAACGGCGCAGCAGAUGAAAACUCGUCCAGGAGAGGUGCUGAUAGAUUGUCUGGACUCCAUCGAAGACACUAAAGGAAACAACGGAGACAGAGGGAGACUUCUGGUAACAAAUCUGAGAAUCAUUUGGCACUCGGUGGCUCUGCCAAGAGUCAAUUUGUCUGUGGGUUACAACACUAUAAUCAACAUCACAACAAGGACAGCAAACUCUAAACUGAGAGGCCAAACCGAAGCCCUGUACAUCCUAACAAAGUCCAACAACACAAGAUUUGAGUUCAUUUUUACAAAUUUGGUUCUGGGAAGUCCAAGACUCUUCACUUCUGUGAUUGCUGUUCACAGGGCUUAUGAGACUUCUAAGAUGUACAGGGACCUGAAACUGCGGGCUGCUCUUAUUCAAAACAAGCACCUGAGACUCUUACCUCGAGAGCAAGUGUAUGAUAAAAUCAAUGGGGUCUGGAAUUUAUCCAGUGAUCAGGGUAACCUUGGAACGUUCUUUAUUACGAAUGUUCGAAUUGUGUGGCAUGCCAACAUGAAUGAGAGCUUCAAUGUCAGCAUCCCUUAUCUCCAGAUUUGGUCAAUCAGAAUAAGAGACUCAAAGUUUGGCUUGGCUUUGGUGAUUGAGAGUUCACGACAGAGUGGAGGAUAUGUUCUUGGGUUUAAAAUAGACCCAGUGGAAAAGCUUCAAGAUGCUCUCAAAGAGAUCAAUUCCUUGCAUAAAGUGUACUCAGCCAACCCCAUAUUUGGGGUGGAUUAUGAAAUGGAAGAAAAGCCUCAGCCUUUGGAAGAACUCACCGUGGAACAACUUCCUGAUGACGUGGAAAUCGAGCCUGAUGAGCAGACCGAUGCUUUCACUGCCUACUUUGCUGAUGGAAAUAAGCAACAAGACCGUGAACCCGUUUUCUCUGAGGAACUGGGCCUUGCUGUGGAGAAGCUCAAGGAUGGCUUUACACUUCAAGGACUGUGGGAAGUAAUGGGCUGAUGGUAGAUUCUCCCCGAUCAGGAUUCUAUGUUCUCCGUACAAUUUUAGUAGUUUAGGAAUAAGCUUCUUUAACAAAAGAACUGUGCUAAAGGUAGCUAGAGGAGACGGUGUCUCUACUUUUUAAAAAUGAAUUCCCUAAAGGAUCUCAGUUAUAUCCUUUGUUAUUGUUUGUUUUUUUACAGAAAGGAUUUGCAGACUGCAGAACAAAAGCACAUAAAAUUAUUAAAGUAAAUGCCUGCACAGCCAGACAGUUUAUCAACACAGGAUUUGUUUUGUUAUUUCUAAAAGUAGGUCAACAAGACAUCCAAAAAAUGCCGCGAUCGGGUUCAUGAUCCAUCAGAACUUCUCAUCAGAACAUUCCUUGCUAAAGUAUCUAUCUUUGUACAUGUAUUGUGUUUAUUUGUCAUGUUGUAAAGUUCACUAAAUUAUGUUUAGUAUAUUAAAGAUUUUAAAUUUUCAUUGUAAAGAAAAGUAUUGUUUAAUAUGAAUAAAAUAGACUUAAAUGA